GCCAUCUGAGACGAUCUUCAUAUAUUCACUGAUUGAAACAGCUCGUUGAAGUAAUUCUGCUGCAUUUAAUGUAGUUUUGUCCAAACAUUGUAAUUUUACUUUUUUACUAUGCUUAAAUGUAUGCUUUGAUUUCCGUAACUUGGUUAAGGAGACGCUCUUGUUUAUCCUCAUGCCAAAAUCAGGAGAAACACUAGCAGCGAGAGGUUAAAAACCGAUGUGGCGUUGAUGCAAUACCCACAAACGCGGCUAGGUGUCGCCCUUAAAUUCUUUACUGCAGUUUUCCACGUUCUCGCCGCGCGGCCGUCUUGGCCAGUUGACCCCGCGGUGACCCCGGUCGUCAUUCGCUUCGAAGCCGUCAGACGACUGUAAACAGGAGGAGAUGGCUGACGAAGGGGGUGGAGGCGACAACAACAUCAACAACAACAUGGGAAACCAGUUACAGCUCGUACCAGAAAACGGAGAGGAGGAUGAAGAUGAGAUGGAGACAGAAGACCAUGACAGUGAAAAUGCUGAAAAGCCCAACAUCAUCAACUUUGACCCCAGUCUUCCGACGUCACAUGCUUACUUGGGUGCAGACAUGGAGGAGUUCCAUGGGCGCACAGUACACGAUGAUGACAGCUGCCAGACCAUCCCCGUGCUGCCACACAUGGCACUGAUGCUGAUCCCUGGCCAGACGCUGCCCCUGCAGCUCUUCCGGCCUCAGGAGGUCAGCAUGAUGCGCAGCCUCAUCCAGAAGGACCGUACCUUUGCCGUGCUUGCAUACAGUGACGCAGGGGAACAGCAGGCAGAAUUUGGGACAACAGCGGAGAUCUACGCUUACCGUGAGGAGCAGGAGUAUGGAAUCGAGACUGUCAAGGUGAAAGCAGUGGGCCGUCAGAGAUUCAGGGUUCAUGAGCUUAGAACCCAAGCUGAUGGGAACCGCCAAGCGAAAGUGCAGAUCUUGCCAGAACGGAUCCUACCAGACCCCCUCUCUGGCGUGCAGCUCACUCCGCUGUCCCGUCUCCACAUGCACCCUUGUUCUCGGCCUGCUGCCAAGCACUGCUUACAGGCCCGCCGCUGGUGGAACAGAUACCAGAAGAGGAAGUUUCAUUGUGCCAGUGUGACUUCAUGGCCUGCCUGGGUGUACUCACUCUAUGAUUCUGAGGUUCUAAUGAACAGAGUGAAGAGACAGUUGCAUGAGUGGGAUGAGAACCUGAAAGAUGAUUCCCUUCCCACAAAUGCUAUAGACUUUUCUUACAGAGUGGCAGCAUGCCUGCCCAUCGACGAUGCCCUUCGAAUCCAGCUCCUGAAAAUCGGCAGUGCCAUCCAGAGGCUCCGCUGUGAACUAGACAUCAUGGACCGCUGUACCUCCUUGUGCUGCAAACAGUGUCAAGACACAGAGAUAACCACGAAAAAUGAAAUCUUCAGCCUGUCGCUGUAUGGACCCAUGGCUGCCUAUGUGAAUCCCCAUGGAUACGUUCAUGAGACUCUCACAGUGUACAAGGCCAGCAAUCUCAACUUGAUAGGAAGACCAUCUACACUGCAGAGCUGGUUCCCUGGGUAUGCUUGGACGGUCGCCCAAUGCCGCAACUGCGGCUCCCACAUGGGCUGGAAGUUCACAGCCACCAAAAAGGACCUGUCCCCCCAGCGCUUCUGGGGUUUGACUCGCUCUGCCAUGCUGCCGCGCAUCCCCAAGUCAGAGGGUGAGGAGGGUGAGGAGGGCUCCCGGCUGCUGUGCCUCUGAGCUGGAAAGUCCUGGUGACCCAGAGCUGGAUGCACAGCAUAGAGCUCUGCCCCCUCCCACAAUGCUAUUGCACAAAAUGAGAACAUCUGUAUUAAAGUUAAGCUAACAAUUCAUGCUCUUUCUUCUUGAAUGUCUGCUUUCAAAUUACAAUUUAGACUUACGGAGGGAGGGAUUGUUUCACACAUUGUAAGAGCAAGAGAAACUUGCCAGUAGCCACAUUGUGAAUCUUAGAUAAAGAAAAGGAUUGAGAGGUGCCUGAGAAAAUAUCAGCCCUGGAUUGUCAUAUCAGAAUCACAGCACGCUACACUCCUAGGCAUCAUAAAUGUACAGUAUCCUGCUUCUUGCAUAUCCAGUGGAGAUUUUUCCAGAGACAUGGCAUACUUAGACAUACAGUUCCCUUGUUCUCCGUCGUGUGCCUGUAUCUGUGGCACUGUGAGACCGACUUCUGCGUAACCUAGCAUGCUCUCCCAUAGGGUAUUAGAGUGGUGAACGUGCACUUCUGGGAACAACCCCCUCAAUCUGUCUUAACCUGUUGCAUUUUUCAGAACAGAUUUAGACCCGUUUUAAUACUCUAGGUUUCAACGACAUUCAUUUGAGCCUGUCCAAAAUAAAAUAUGCAAUACAGGACACACACAUCGGUAUUGCUCUUUCUUUAAAGUGUGAAAGUUAAGUGUAUAAAGACUUUGUGCAGCAGCAUUAAUUCUCAAAGGAUACAUGAUAUAGUUUCUCCUAAACUGAUAAGUUAUCAUUUUGAAAUUGAACUAAAGAAUUUGGGGAAAAUUGUAAAUGGGAAAUAAUAUUUUAAGAGUUUUGUAAC